UAACUGAGAAUACCUCUUUGCGAAAGUUAGGCAAGGCCCGACUCCCUGGGAAUUUUGUCCCCACAAUUGAAAAUAAGAAGUCUAUUCUCUAGGGAAUGAUGGCCUAACUGAGCGAAAGGAGGUAAACUCCAGUUCAAGUUUACACUAUUUAUUAAUUCCUAAAGUAACAUCAAAAUAUUCUACCACCUACGUUACACUAUAUCUCUGACUCCAUAGAGGCAUGAGACGAGAUGUACCAGAGCAAGCUAAUGCUAUGCCUCAGACCCUGAAGGUGGUGGAAACUAACACUAACUUGAUCUAAAACAUUAACAUACAUGCUCCAUUUGCUGAAGUUUCUGGAUUUCAGCUUUUCCAGCAAAUGUAACACAUACAUAGAAUUAUAACCAGAAUAGAAUACUGGCUCAACUACUUAAACAUUAUGGAUACUUAACUAGAGAAAAAAAGGCCACACCAGCCAAUCCCGACCAUCACGUCCCGUAGCAGAGCCCGCCAAAACCCCCAUGUCCUCAGUGCCGGCUUAUUAAACUGAUCGUACUGUAAGCAUUGUUACCCAAAAUCUUAGAUACAAUCCUUAAUUUCCACCAUUCAGUCCUUAGCAUUAAUGGAAUAUCCUAGAUUUAUAAUGCACAAAAAAAAACAUACCAACAGUGCAUCAAAACCAACUAGAACUAAAUACUCUUACGUCUGGCAGAGACUAAAAUACUCCCCCCCCCCAAAUUCUGAUUCGAAGUUCGUAAACUGUCUACAUUUAACUUAAAGAUUCAAACACUUCUUCCUUACCUUCCAUUCACCUGGGCUGUAGGAGACUCGAAUUGUGGACUCCUCGUGUGAAACCGAAGCUCUAUCGACUGUCACAUUUUUCAAAAAAUUAAAAAAAUUCAAAUGUUUAUUCAGGUAAAUUACAUACAUACAGGAGGUUAUACAAAAAUUGAUAGAUUUACAGAUAGAGCUAGUACAUACAAUGCCUAAAGCCACUAUUACGCAAAGCGUUUCGGGCAGGAAAAAUAUUAAAGACUAAAACUUAAUACUAAUUGAGAUUAAAAGUAUAAAUGUAUAUACUUUUUCCUUACCAAAACGUACAUAAUCUAACUCUAAUUCUCCUAAUUAUAAUCUAAUACCUAUCAGAUACUACAAAUACAAAUAUUUCCCAGCUUUUCUUUUUUUAUGAAAAGCCCUAUUUCAAAUACUCAAAACCAACAAAGGGGAUCGUGACCCAGGGGGGUAGAAAUAGCCUAAGCUGCUCUAUCCCUUUGAGAUGUAUUUAUUGCUUAUCUCAAUAAACAUACUUGAACUUGAAUCGUGACCCACCAACUGGGAACAACACGGGUGAUAGACCUUAUUAAUAUUCGUAAAAUUUUGAAUUAUUUAUCUUCGGCUAUGAUAAUAAUUUUCCACAAUAUUGCCGCUUCAUCACACUUCGAGGUUCAAACUUAAAAAAACUAUUAUAAAAUAUUACCUUACAUAUAUCAGCAACUCAAUAUUAAGUUUGAGUAAUAUGCCACAUGUACAAAUCUAUUUCUUGGUAGCAUAGCCAAAUAUUUUGAUUUGUAGAGACAUGUUAAAGGCAAUAUUUUUAUGUUCUAAAAGCCUCUCCAUUACUCCUUAUUGACACGAUAUCUAAAAGAUGAAAUAUUUCAGCGUUUACAUUGUAUCCUUGUUUUUCAAUGACAAAUUUAGCGUUUAAAAUUUCCAUGUGUGUAAACGCAACGGGAAAGCGUACAAGGAAAUAUUGGUCAUUAAUAUAUGUGUAUACGUGGGUGCUUGGUAGGUAGGUUGAGCCCCGGCGAAUCCGCACAUUCUACCGCCGUACCAGAGACCGGCUCCUCCUUCCCACCCACCACCGCCCACAGAACCUUCGAGGCCGCCCACAGAACCUCCGAGACCGCCCACAGAACCUCCGAGGCCGCCCACAGAACCUCCGAGACCGCCCACAGAACCUCCGAGGCCGCUCUCAAAACCUCCGAGACCGCCCUCAAAACCUCCGAUACCGCCCACAGAACCUCCAAGACCGCCCACAGAACCUCCGAGACCGCCCUCAAAACCUCAGAGACCGCCCUCAAAACCUCCAACACCGCCCACUCUACCACACCAGAGAUCGACUCUCCGCCCAUCCAUAUUCACCUAAAUGCACAAACCAAAGUAUCACACUACCAGAGCAACAAAGAAUAAGGUAUAAUAAAAGGAAGAAGAAGACCACAAUGGUUGGAAGAACAAGCGGUGUAAUGAGCGCUGUAAGACUGUGUGUGAUAGUUGUGAUGGCCGUGCUAGCGACGCUCUUCACACAGAACAUACUGAGGAUGGACAAGGUAGAGGAGGUCGGUGUCCGCAUCCGUGGCCCCUUGGCUGCUGGUCAUCCAGGAGUCGUGGCCUUGAUCAAGACACACUUUCUUAACCCGCCUUCUGUUUUGCCCUACAAUCUUAUCAAAGAUCCCAUAUAUACUCAUAUUAAACAUGAAGGCUCUUGGGAUUUCAUCCGUGAGAAUGUAGCAAAGGUAUUGAACGGACAGCGAGAAGGUUUCUUCGUGGAGGCCGGAGCCCUGGACGGCGAGCGAGGCUCUAAUACACUCUGGCUGGAGCAAGAUCUUGGUUGGACGGGUCUACUGGUGGAGCCCAACCCGGCCAGUUAUCACAAGCUAGUCAACAAGCACCGUAAGGCCUGGACAUCCAACACCUGCCUCUCACCCGAACCGUUUCCCAUGGAGUCUGUGUUAGUCUCGGUUGGCAUGAAGAAACUGUUUUCCUUCAAGGCCCUGCAAAAUGUAUUAACAACUCGAGGGGCUUCAUAUUUACUGGGCUCUACUCUGGGAACAAAUGCAUUCGAUUAUGUCUUUGAUUACUCUGAUAAGUCUUAUUAUGUGACGCAGUGCUUUCCCCUUGGGUCCUACCUGCUGGCGCUCAACGUGGCCACAGUCGACUUCUUGUCCCUAGACAUACAGGGAGUGGAGAAACAGGUCUUGCAGAAUGUGCCCUGGGACUCGGUCACCAUAAGGGUCCUCGCAGUGGAGAUUGCAAAUCCAGACAAUUAUGAACUGGAAUUUGAAAGUUUUAUGAAGAGUAAGGGAUACAGACUAGAGGCGAGGGGGGAAAUAGAUUACAUUUUUGUUAAAGAAGAUGAUCAAAGACUUAAUAUUUCUAAGGUCGAGAAGUUGGAAAAACUUGAGUAAGUUUUAAAUACGUAUCCUUUAAACUCAUACACUUGGACUGGUCGGUACAACGACGGUCUCGCCCUCAUGCAGGUUGAGGUUCGAUCCCUGAUGGUUCAAAUAAUUGGGCACCAUUUCUUCCCUCAGUCCUAUCCCAACUCCUUGCCCUUAUAUCCCUCCCAAGUAUUAUAUAAUCGUACUAACUUUGCACCUCCUCCCCAUAAUUACCUCACCUUACAUAUACUUUAAUGCACAAGUACUGAAUACGCAUACAUUUAUACGUACGUGAAAAAUGUGUUAUAACACGUGGGGAAUAAUAUGAUAAUGUAUAACUUUAGUGGUUAGGCAUCCAUCAGUCUCAGGAGAUUAUGGAGUUGCACUCUGAUGUCGGUCUGGUUUGGAGUGGCCUCACCAGGGCGCAAAGCCAGGGUAGGUUGA